UCAAAAGACAAGCCUUCGUUUCAUUGAGCUCUUCCUCACCCAAAUUAUCUUCAUUUCUCGACCGUGAAAUAACCUAAGGAUCCUAUCAACAGGUGAAUCAGCUCUCUUUUGAAAUGGGAAGAGAGGACUCCCCAACCUAAAUAGUAUAAUAGAAAAGUCAGUGGUAAAACAAAAACAAAGCCACACGACUAGACCAGUCUCUGCUUAACUUUGUUUUCACCAACCAUUGCAAGAAAAAACCUCAGCCGUCUUACGCUGGUGUUCUUAUUAACCCCACGUGUUAAUCACACCAACUACCAAUAACAUUCAUAAUCAAAAUUCUUGAUUUUUUCUAUAAAAACUUUUUAAGUUUGACCAUAAAUUACAUAAACCAUUUGAAUUCUCUUUCUGGUGUCUGUUUUUUUUUUUUUGGUUUCUCUCCUUCAAAGUUCCAAACUUUUUUUUCAUUCUCGGCAAUGGAGGGACUAGUGCCGGUACAGAGACUUCCACUUAGAGUUGCUUCACCUUCUCUGUAUCGGUAUAGUAACGUUUCUGUCUCAAUCAGACGUUCACUUUCAGGUUUCGCCAUGGACAAAAGGAUCAGAUUUACGGCUCCGUCGUCGGAGUUCUCGAUCCGGGCUCAACAGUCGGAUUUGAAGGAAAGCUUAGUUGUGUCUUCUUCUUCAGUAGAAGACAAAGGAAAUGCUCUUAGAAUCAAGGAAUGGGAAGUAGAGAUGUAUCAGGAUGAAUUAGCAGUUAGCCAAGGUAUUAGGAUAAGGAGAAAGCCACCAAGCAAGGCUCCUUUGGGAUACUCUGGACCAUUUGAGUUGAGAUUGCAUAGCAACGAUGCUGAUUCGCCUCGUAAUAUCUUGGAGGAGAUUACAUGGUACAAAGACGUCGAAGUUUCACGGAUGAAGGAGCUAAACCCACUUGAUGAGCUGAAGAAAGCUGUAGAGAAUGCUCCUCCAACUAGGGAUUUUGUUGGGGCGCUUAGGAUGGCUCAGGAAAGAACUGGGUUGCCUGGCUUGAUAGCUGAGGUUAAGAAGGCUUCUCCAAGUAGAGGGGUCUUAAAGGAGAAUUUUGACCCGGUUGAGAUUGCUCAAGCUUAUGAAAAAGGUGGAGCAGCAUGUCUCAGCGUUUUGACAGACCAGAAGUAUUUUCAGGGAGGCUUUGAAAACUUGGAAGCAAUAAGGAACGCUGGUGUGGAGUGUCCACUUUUAUGCAAAGAGUUUGUUGUAGAUCCAUGGCAGAUCUAUUAUGCUCGGACUAAAGGUGCUGAUGCAGUAUUGCUUAUUGCUGCCGUAUUGACUGACCUAGAAAUAACCUACUUGCUUAAGAUUUGCAAGAAGCUCGGUUUGGCUGCCCUUGUUGAGGUACAUGAUGAGAGAGAGAUGGGUCGUGUUCUUGGAAUAGAAGGGAUCGAGCUCGUUGGCAUCAAUAACCGAAGUCUUGAAACGUUUAAAGUAGACAUCAGUAAUACUAAGAAUCUUCUUGAAGGAGAACAUGGUAGACAAAUUCGCGAGAAAGACAUGAUUGUGGUUGGCGAAUCCGGUUUGUUUACACCUGAUGACAUUGCCUAUGUACAAGCCGCCGGAGUUAGAGCGGUCUUGGUUGGCGAGUCCAUUGUGAAGCAGAGCGACCCUGAGAAAGGAAUAGCUGGACUUUUUGGCAGGAACAUUUCUCAUACUUAGAAACCGUAUCGCCAUAUUGCUCGUCUCCAAAUAUGUUUCCUAGUACAUUUGUUUGUAUCUUGUUCUGUGAGGAUUGAGAUGAAAGACUAGAAUAAAGGCUUGAUGAUUCUAAUGUGUCAGGCAUUUUCAAUUCUCAUAGAAUAAGUUGAAUCAAAAUC